AUGCCUCCCCAGAGCCGCAGCCGCAGUCGGAGCCUGGAUGAAGCAAGGCAGGAAGGUCUUCUUGUCAGAGUUUCGGCACUGUCUGGCAGCCUGCUUCUAGAGCGGCGUUUCACUACCAGCGAUGACAUCGCCACAGUCAAGAAGGCUGUGCAACAAGAGGCCAAAGAGCCUCUUGCGCAGCUGAAGCUCAUCCAGGAACGAGGAGGUCGGGAACUUUCGGAGGCAACAUGCCUCGACGAGCUUUCGCACAGCAGCAAAGGCCUGCUGGAUCUCACAGCGCUCCGCUUUCCUGGGCACCUGGCCCUCGUCGGUUUCAGCGACGGGACGUUGCGCCUUUGGGACUUGGAGCAGGGCGUUUUGGCACACCACCUCCUUCGUGGCGGCCCACCUUUGACAGGCCUGGAGGUGGAUUGGGAGGGUCGCCGUGCUCUUUCAGGAGAUAUGCACCACAAUGUCCGGCACUGGGAUUUGGAGCAGGGCCGAUGUUUACACUGCCUUACCGGCCACAAGGACAUCAUCAACGGCGUGCUAGUGGACUGGAAGCGCCAACAGGCUGCCACCUACGAUCGUGGAGGCCUCCUUAUUUUCUGGGACCUUGCCAAUGGCAAAGCUUCGCACACGAUCUCUGCGCACGAAGGUAUGGUGCUUGACGCAGAAGUGGACUGGGGCGACACUGUCCAGAGCGUCACGGUUGGGUCCGACGACCGCAUUGCGGCCUGGGCCGGAGAUCGAAGGAUGUGCAGCAUCCGUUUGAAAGGCGACGGAGAUCUCGACGACCUGGUGGAUGCCGGCUUGGAGGUCCAUUGGGAGUCGAAUCGCCUCGUGGCCUGUUGGAACUCUGCCAUUUGGCUUUGGAACCUGUGCAGUGGCAGCGCCCUGCAUGUGCUGCGGGCUCCUGUAGGCCGCAUCAAAGGCUUCAAUGUGGACUGGGACUCGUCGCGCUGCGUGGCAUGGGGAUCAAGCGGCCAGUGCCUGCUGUGGAGCCUUGCUACUGGCCAACUACUCGAGAAACUCGUUGGUCCUGCUUCGGCGAUUUCGGGCCUGGCUUGUUGCUGGGAGACCGAGCGAAUUCUUAGCUUCGGUGCUGGGCCGCUCUGCCUUUGGAGCCUCACGCCUGGGCCCGCACGGCUUUCUGCAGAGCUGCAGGGACACAGCGAUGUUGUCGCAGGCGUUGAGGUGUCCUGGGAGGUGGACCGGGCCCUCAGCUGGGCAGAUGACACGACCCUUCGGCUGUGGGACCUAAAGGAGCACUCAUGCCUUUUCCGCUUCGCUGGUCACUGUGGGCCUGUAUGGUCUGCCCAAGUGGACUGGGACAGUGGCCGUGCAAUGAGCUACAGUUUCAUGCAGAUGGCGCUGUUUCUUUGGAACUUGCAAGACGGGACUUCUUCGAAGUUCCAGUUCUCCAGCAGCGAAGCCUUCCAAGCCUGGAGUGGUGGCGCAGAGGUCGACUGGACACGUGCUUCGCCAACCCAACUCAAGCAAUCGCAGGUGGAGAGCUGUCAAGGCCGUCGGGCUGUGGCAUGGACACUCACUGGCGGGUCGCUCGCAGUCAUGGAUCUCGACAGUGGAGCCCUUCGGCAGCUUGACGGCCAGGCAGCAGUAACAUGCGUUCGCUUGGAGGGGGCACCCGGCUCCUAA